GAAAUACGCAGAAAUGGAAGAAAAUAUUCGAAAAUUCCUAAUCGGCCAGCAAAACAACUCUGGUCCGCUUAGUUACAGUUAUGACGAUAACAGGAAGGAGGGACCAGGUUCUGUUAGUAAGAUGUUUAGUCAGGAUGCUUCCAAUUCUAUGGAUAAAAUAUUAUGGCCAGGGGAAGUUAAUAUAACUGUUGGAGCAAGACCUGUUCUCAACUACUCCAUUCAGACUGGUGAGGAAUUUGCUCUUGAGUUUAUGUGGGAAAGGGUGAACCCCAGGCAACAUUAUAUUCCAAAUUCUUCUCUUGGAGCUAAUAGUGAAACUACAUCUGGGGAUCUACAUGGUGUGCUUCGAGCAUCUCAUGCUGGUUCUGAGAGAUACCUUGACACUUCCUUGUUUCCCUCUGUUGAAAAGGGUAAUAUCCAAGAUGCUGUGGAUGAUGGUUCUCAAACUGAGGAAAAAUCUACCCGCAAGCCACUUCAAUCAAUGAUUAGAGCGUCAUCAAAGAAUACGAGUGUCCACAGGCUUCAUAGUCAUUCUUCCUUGGGCUCGUGUGGUGGUCCAUCUAAAUUAUUGAAGCUGCUCUGCAGUUUUGGUGGCAAAAUUUUGCCUCGUCCAAGUGAUCGGAAACUUAGAUAUGUUGGAGGUGAAACACGCAUUCUCCGCAUUAGCAAGGAUAUUUCAUGGGAUGAGCUUAAGCAGAAGACAUCGGCAAUAUAUAACGAACCUCAUUCUAUUAAGUAUCAGCUUCCUGGUGAGGAUCUUGAUGCAUUGGUAUCAGUAUCCUCUGAUGAGGACCUCCAGAAUAUGAUGGAGGAAUAUAAUGUACUUGAUGAUGGUGGCUCACAGAAGCUCAGGAUGUUUCUCAUUUCAAACGAUGACUUGGAUGAUUCUCAGCUUGGUCUCGAGGGCCUGGAAGGUGAUUCUGAUAUUCAAUAUGUUGCUGCUGUAAAUGGUAUGGAUUUCGGAUCACGAAAAAACUCAAUUGGUCUGGAUAGCCACUUGGGGAACAAUUUGGAUGAGUUACUCGGUUUAAAUGUUGAGAGAGGGCCUGGUCAAAUUGCUGCGAGCUUGCCUUCAGGUGGUACUGCUCAUCCAGAAGUUGUCUCAAUUUUACCAAAUCAAUCUUCUCAGAUAGAAAUGCCCAGUUCAUCAUGUGCUUUUGAGGCCAAUUCACUUGGUUACCAGGUCCAAACUAUCAGCGAACAGCCUGAAUGGCAUUCAUCACGUGCUUCCAACCAAGUGGACAUCCUCUCCACUGCAGAUGAGAAGAUCACAGUUCCAUCAUCUGUUAGAUUUCAAUAUGAUUAUGGUUCUCAUCAUCCAUUGAACAAUAGACCAGAUGCAGAAAAAUUGGUCUCAAACCCUAUCCUUCGGCAAAUGGUUCCUCAUGAGGCCUUAAAUGUGGACCAGUCUUAUGGGAGCUUGAAUGCCAAGGUGCCUGGAGUCUCAUCGUUGGAGUUAAAACUUGAAAAUAGAACUGUUGUCCAGAAAAAGAUUGAGUCUCAUAAGGAUCAUUCUCCAAGAAGAGACAUUCUUCGAAUGGAUACACAGAUGAACAAUGAGAGUUCAAUCCGGAAAACGUGUGACUCUACUAAACUGCAGCCUCUUGAUGAUGGGAAGGCGAUCUUGUCACAUCCAUAUGAUGUUUCAUCUUUAAAUAACAAGAAACUGGAAGCAUCUGCUAUAAGUGCUGCCACAGACAAAGGGACUUUGGUCCUGCCAACAAAAAUCAGUGAGAAGAACCACGAAGAUGUAAGGGAUCAUAAGGUUGACAUCGUUGACCAUGCUUACACAUCUGGUGCAGCAACCAUGCCUCUUCAUAGUGACUCUGAUGUCUAUACUGAAGACAUCAGCUAUGAACCAGAUAUUAUUCCUCAACGGCUAUUUUGUUCAGAAAGAGUACACAGGGAACAGGCAGGGCUUAGUCGUUUGUCCAAAUCUAAUGAUUCUUCCGGUCCGAAGCUCCUAAUGACUUACUCCCGAUCGGAUGUUUCACAGCACAUCUUGGAAUCUGUUGAUACAUUGACUGAUAAGGAUAUGACAGCCAAUUUAGAAAAGUUUAAUGCUGCCAAAUCAAUAUAUGUGGGUUCAGGGGAUACUGAAGAGAAACUAAAAGAAUCUCAGAAAUUAACAGAUGAUGCUGCUGUCAUCAGUGCAACGACUACCACUGUUUGUGACAAAAAUGAGCCAAAUCACAAGGCUGAGCUGGAUGCUGUAGUAGCUCCUAUUGCUGUUACUUCUGGGUCGAGUUUUCCUAUGAAAAACCAAGGAACUUCAGAGUAUCCCCAUAAUGAAUCCGCUCUGACAUCAAUGGAGUUCCAUCAUAACAAGAUGAAUGAAAAGGCCAAUGAAGGGAAAUUUAUGGGUAGGGAAGAAAUUCCUUUUGCAGCUGCUUUCCAAAGUGAGCCCCGGGUUGUUGCGGGCUCUCCCGAGCAUGGAGAUAUCCUUAUCGAUAUCAAUGAUCGUUUUCCUCAUGAUUUUUUGUCUGAUAUAUUUUCUAAUGCUAGAGCAGAAGACAGCUCUGCUGGUGUCAUGCCACUGCAUGGUGAUGCAGCUGGUUUGAGUGCAAACUUGUCUGAUCAUGUACCUAAAGAUUGGUCAUUCUUUCAGAACUUGGCACAAGAAGAUUCCAGAAAAGAUGUUUCCCUUAUGGAUCAGGAUCAUCUGACAUUCUCACCUUCACAAGCAAAAUUUGGAGAAGAUAUACCCAUUGAUUAUGGUAAUCCACCAUUUGAGGCUGAUGCCAUUGCAGAAGUUCAUGCACAUUCUAGUAGUAAUCUUGAUGCUGAUAUCCAGAGACCAUCAUCUCCCCCUGUAAGACCUAACACCAUGAAUUUGCAUUCAGAUUAUGAUAUUUCUCAGAAUACUGGUAUUCAGAAUCUGCAAUUCAACCGUCCAAUGAACUCAAGGACAGCUGGGUCAGAUUACGAGGAUGCAAAAAAAGCAGCUCAGCCUACAGCCUUCCCUCUUGUUGACUUCUUCGUUGGAGAGUUUGAUCCCAGUGCCCUACAGAUUAUAAAGAACCGAGAUCUUGAAGAGUUGAGGGAAUUGGGUUCUGGAACUUAUGGGACAGUUUAUCAUGGUAAAUGGAGGGGUUCUGAUGUUGCUAUCAAGAGAAUAAAGAAGAGCUGUUUCAUAGGUCGCUCAUCUGAACAGGAGAGACUGUCAGCAGAAUUCUGGCAUGAAGCUGGAAUUUUGUCAAAGCUUCACCAUCCCAAUGUGGUGGCUUUUUAUGGUGUAGUACAAGACGGUCCUGGAGGGACACUUGCAACUGUCACAGAGUAUAUGGUGAAUGGGUCCCUUAGACAUGCUUUAAUUUCCAAGGACAGGCAUCUCGAUCGUCGCAAAAGGCUCAUAAUUGCCAUGGAUGCAGCUUUUGGAAUGGAAUAUUUGCAUUCAAGGAACAUUGUGCACUUUGAUUUGAAAUGCGACAACCUGCUUGUCAACUUGAAGGAUCCUUCCAGACCCAUCUGCAAGGUGGGUGAUUUUGGUUUGUCAAAAAUCAAAAGAAAUACAUUGGUUACUGGUGGUGUCCGGGGAACCCUUCCAUGGAUGGCUCCGGAGUUAUUAAAUGGUAGCAGUAGCAAGGUCUCAGAAAAGGUUGACGUCUUCUCCUUUGGGAUUGUACUUUGGGAAAUUCUCACGGGUGAGGAACCUUAUGCCAACAUGCAUUAUGGUGCAAUCAUAGGUGGUAUAGUGAAUAAUACACUGCGGCCCCCGGUCCCGACCUUCUGUGACCCAGAAUGGAGAUUACUGAUGGAGCAAUGUUGGGCUCCAGAUCCAUUGGCUCGGCCAUCCUUCACUGAGAUUGCUGGACGCCUACGUACCAUGUCUGCAGCAUGCUCGACAAAACCACAAGGCUUUACAGCGCACAAUCAGUCACCCAAGUGAUUAUGUAAUAUAUUAUCUUUAUUUGCUUUCCUAAAAAUGGUCUCGUCUAGCAUAUUUUUUGUAUAGCCUGUCUUCACGGGGAUAUAACAGCUACAGGUGGUGUUUGUGUGAGGCAGAAGUGUCAUUAUGAAUGACUACAUUUGUGUAUACCUCGAGGAAACAAAAAGAAGUUACCCACAUUUGUAAGCAAACAAAUAAAUUCGCGAACUUCUUUUAUCCCUCCCUGGUA